CCUAAAGAACCUAGAAGAGAAGAGAUUUCAUGACCGCUAUUGAUCAGCCUCCAUGCUCGUCGCGCACCGUGGACGCGUUCCUCCGGAUGGGAAUGGCCGGCUUCUCGUGGGGAUUGUUCGUGGGAUCAUACGACGCUGGCAAGAAAGGUAUUGGCAGGAAUCUCUCCAUCUCCAUCGAUCAUCCUUCUCUUCGUUUGGCAGGACUGUCCGGAUUGGCGAACGCGUCCUAUGUGGCCAAAGCUAUCGCCAACAACAGCGUGAAAUGGGGACUUUGCGGAGGACUCUACGUGAGUCUCAACUGUGGCUUUGAGGUCCUGAGAACGAAGAGAGAUUGGAUAAAUGGUACACUCGCUGGAGCAUUGACAGGAGCAGCGGUGGGAUCCAAAAAGAUUGGAAUUAUCAAGACUGCUCUCGCGGCAUCGGUCAUCUGUUCUACUCUCGAGAUGAUGAAACCAGCUGAGUAUCCUCCCACAAGAAUCAUCAAGUAGGAGAUCUUCUUCUUUUUUUUCUCGCGAUCCAGCCUCACAAUUUGGGCUGCCUGCUACUUUCCUUCUGAUAGAGCUCCGAUCUGCCAAAAAAAAGUGCUCUUUUGCUAUGUUCUAUGGUGGAAAAGAAGGGAAGAACACCGCUCACUCACA